UGUGAACCAGGAAGUGAGAGGGCGGGGUUUUGCGAAGGGCUGGUGGGCUGAUAAACAAGCGUCCACCAUGACAGCCAUCAAGCAUGCACUCCAGAGGGACAUCUUCACACCCAACGAUGAGCGUCUCCUCGGCAUUGUUAACGUCUGUAAGGCAGGAAAGAAAAAGAAGAACUGCUUCUUGUGCGCGACAGUUACCACAGAGAGGCCUGUGCAGGUUAAAGUGGUUAAGGUGAAGAAGUCUGAUAAAGGGGACUUCUACAAACGGCAGCAGACAUGGGAGCUCCGAGAUCUGACUGAAGUAGAUGCCAAAGAUGCAAGCAAGGAAAAUCCUGAAUUUGACCUUCACUUUGAGAAGGUGUACCGCUGGGUGGCCAGCAGCACAGCUGAAAAAAACUCUUUUAUCUCCUGCAUUUGGAAGCUGAACCAGCGAUACCUGAGGAAGAAGGUGGAGUUUGUGAAUGUCAGUUCUCAGCUGCUGGAAGAGUCGGUGCCGAGCGGUGAGAGUCAGAGUGUUGCCGGGGGCGAUGAGGACGCUCUGGACGACUACCAGGAGCUGAGCACCCGCGAAGAGCAGGACAUUGAGAGCAUGAUGGAGAUGUGCGAGUACGCCAUCUCCAAUGCUGAGGCUUUCACAGAGCAGCUCUCCAGGGAGCUGCAUGUUCUAGAUGGGGCCAAUAUCCAGUCCAUCAUGGCAUCAGAGAAGCAGGUCAAUAUCCUGAUGCAGCUGCUGGAUGAGGCGCUGGGUGAGGUGGACACCAUUGAGGGAAAGCUGAGCAGCUAUGAGGAGAUGCUCCAGAGCGUGAAGGAUCAGAUGGACCAGAUCUCACAGAGCAACCGCCUCAUCCAGAUCAGCAACACCAACAACGGCAAACUGCUGGAUGAGAUCCAGUUCUUAGUGAACUACAUGGACUUGUCAAAGGGACACAUCAGAGCCUUGCAGGAGGGGGACCUGACCUCCCCUAAAGGUAUCGAAGCCUGCAUCAAUGCCUCUGAAGCUCUUCUGCAGUGCAUGAACGUGGCCCUCCGACCAGGCCACGACAAGCUGAUGGCGGUGACUCAGCAGCAGCUCCUGUUUGCCGAGCUGAGAGACACCUUUGCUCGCCGCCUCACCAAUCACCUCAACAAUGUAUUUGUUCACCAGGGCCAUGACCAGAGCUCCACCCUGUCACAGCACACAGUUGAGCUGACUCUGCCCAAACACAGCCCCCUCCACAGGGACCUGCUGCGCUAUGCCAAGCUCAUGGAGUGGCUGAAGAAUACCCACAGGGAGAAGUACGAGGGCCUGUCCAGGACCUAUGUUGACUAUAUGAGUAGAUUGUAUGAACGAGAAAUCAAAGAGUUCUUUGAGGUUGCCAAGAUAAAGAUGGCGGGUACAACCAAGGAGGCCAAGGGCAAGUUUGCCACGCUUCCGCGGAAAGAGAGUGCACUCAAACAGGAAACAGAAAGCCUUCAUGGCAGCUCUGGGAAGCUGACAGGCUCCACCUCAAGCCUGAACAAGCUGACAGUGCAGGGCUCCAAUAGCCGGCGGUCCCAGUCUUCCUCGCUGCUGGACAUGGGCAACAUGUCCGCCUCCGACCUGGACGUGGCCGACAGGACCAAGUUUGACAAG